GAUAUUAAAGAGGGGAGGGGGGGUGGUAGUGGAGACGUCGAAGUCUCUAUCGCGGGAGGGCGACCUCUCGGGCAAAGACCAGAGGAAAAGAGCAGCCCAGUCGAAGAACGGCAGCCAAGACUGGAAGAAGGUUCGUCCGAGAAGAAGACAGAUCUCUUCUCUCGUCGACCGCCAACUUCUACCGUCGCGACACCAUCAGGAUCUAGCGCCGAGACGCCAUGUCGUCGCGGGACCGCGUGAGGAUCUGGCGGGACCCGCUCAGCCCGGAGUCGGCGCUGGUGGCCGAGAAGGAGCUCCGGGAGAUCCCGGAGCGGGCUGCAGAGGCGCUGGCCGCGCUCCGGGAGCUGCUGGCAGGCCGGAAGGACCUCGUGUAUCCUGACACAGACGAGUUCCUCAUCCGCUUCCUCCGGCCGACCAAGUACUAUCCGGAGAGCGCCCUUGGUCUGAUGGUGCGCGCGGCGGAGUUCAAAAACAAGAACGCCUCGGUCGUGCAAGGCCUGAAGCCGGAGGACGAGCAGUCCACGCUGACAGACAACGACGUCGUUAACGUGGUCGUCGACAGGGACCAAGAUGGCCGCCGCAUCCUCAUCAUGAACCUCGGCAAGAAGUGGGACCCGUCCAAGGUGACGACCAACCAGAUCUUCCGGUGCCUGUACCUGACGCACAUCGGCGCCUGCCUGGAGCCCGAGACGCAGGUCAAAGGCGCCGUGGUCAUCAUGGACUUCAGCGGGCUGGGCAUGCGGCAGGUCACGUCCUUCACGCCCUCCUUCAGCAAGCUGCUGCUGUCCUUCAUCCAGGAGGCGAUGCCGCUCCGGCUGAAGCAGGUCCACAUCGUGAACGAGCCGUACAUCUUCAACAUGGUGUUCCAGAUCUUCAAGCCCUUGAUCAAGGACAAGCUCAAGGCUAGGAUGUUCUUCCACGGCAACAAGAUGGCGAGCCUGCACAAGCACAUGGACCCUGCCUUCCUGCCGGCAGACUUCGGCGGCUCCAAGCCCGCCAUCGACUACAGCAGCAAGGACUGGUACCCGGUGCUCGUCAGCCUGGAGGACGAGGUCAAAGAGUGGAAUAGUUUCCAACUGGCGAGCUCCUAGCCCGAAACAGCAAGGCGCGGAAGCCUGGAGACGAUGGAAACCAGCCAAGCAGUGACGUCAUGGUGAUGGGAGGAAGGCUGGCUUCCGAAAUCCAAGUUUACAGGCAACGUUCCGAAACACGGGAUCCGACCAGCGAAAACCUCACACAUUCCUGCCUUACAAACUGAAUGAUGAUUCAUAUAGCUUGUACCGAACCGAACUUGUACCCUAGUAUGUAAGCGCCGUAACGAAAAAAAAAAAAAUCUUAAUUAUAAUUUUUUAUUCUUUUCAUAUAAAGAUAUCCCAAAGGUUGUCGAGUUUUCCUUUGAAUUUUAUUCUCUAUCGAGUGAAUGGAUAUGAACUGAAAGUUAUCACAGUUGUUGAAAAAAAAAACUUUAUACAUAAAAGGGUUUUAUUUUCAGGAAAUUCCAGAAUUUUUGACAAACCUCUCUUGUAGCACUUUAAAAAUACUCAUAAAAUACUGUUGAGUUGUAUAUUUUUUAUGAUUUUAAUAAAUACUUAUAUUUAAAA